AUGGCCGACUCCUCCUCUUCGAGCUUGAAAGGUGAGAGCAGGUCACGCCGGUCCUGGACAAUCUCAGCCGAAUCUAGUGCUAUGGAAAGCAAUGGCCGAUCAUCCCCAGAUUCCACCCUCGAGCGACCGAAAACCCAGGGCGGAGAAGCCGCAGAUCCCAACAGGGCUGGUCCCAGUGGAUUCUCAAAGCUACUCGAAGCGCGUCGGAGGCGGAAAGAGAAGAAGAAGAACCAGAGAGGGGAUGAACCUGCGGUGCCGACUGUUGUUCUAGAGAACGAAUUACUUGAGAGCCGGUCGAAUGACUCUCGGGAUGGGACCUCCGCGGGUGCAUCGUCUGUCGCCGAGAGCUCUAAACAGGAAGGUGACCUCAUCAAUCUGUUGACUGAUGACUCUGAGCCGGAUGGACCUCCGCCGCUCACCUCACACAAUUCCCACACCGGAUUCUAUACCUCGUCCUCCCCGUUGAUCAAGACCGGAUCGGUAGAUGCCACACAGCCGGAAAGCUCCCAUGUCGAUACGGAAUCGAGUUUCAGUGCUCAUGGGUCAGAAUCACCUACCCCCGACAAAAGGAGCCAGAGUCGACGCCCAACACAAUCGAGUAUGGCAUUGGAUGUCCCCGUAGACUCCAGCAGCAAAAAGCGCAGUCCAUCCCCUGGGAGACGCCUGAAGGGAGCUUUCAGCUCGGACAAAAAAGCGGCCAACGACGAGUCCGACGCUGUCUCGAUCAAGUCAGCGGGAAAUAAAAGUGGGCGAGGUCUGUUCGGAGCUAGCAGACGGAGUAGUCUUUCAUCCAAACGAGCUCAGACGACUCCGGAGGAUCCGCCUCCUAUGCCUGCACCCAUUCGAACCGAUCUGACGGAGGACAAGCCUCGUUCGCUCCAAGCUAGCCCUAUGCCGAACACCCCACCUCAUACCGCCAUUCCUGCGCCAGCGACAACUGUAACACCUCCCACUCCCACUGAGCACCGCCCUCUUAGUGCGCAACUAUUCUCCGACAACGUGACCAAUUCGCCCGAGACUAUACAGUCUCCAGAUUCGAUAUCCUCUGGAAUCACCACCGUGAGCCCGUCUGGGAACAUGAUCUCUCACCGCCGGGUGCGGUCCGCUUCCGCAGCUCAUGGCCCGAGCAAACUGUCCAACGCAGUCUCGGCACUAACACCUCUAGAUGAGAAAACAACACCCGGCACGAAGAAUUCGGCUUCGAACCAAGCAGGCGGCUUUUUCUCCUCAGUAUUUUCGGUCGCUCAAAAUGCGGCCACUUCUUUCAGCAACAGCCUCAAUGCACAACAGAAGAAUCGUUCAAAUUCUCAGCCCACUGCUGGUGAUGCUGAUAAGUCUACCAAGCAGGCCAUGGAGGAGGGCGAAGCAGCGUCGGAUGAUUCCAGCAAAAUUGAAGAAGGGAGGCCGUCUGCCGUUGAGACUCUCGGCGCAGGAGAUCUGAAUUUCAGUCAUCUGGACAUCGACGCACGACCUGGCGAGACAAUUACGACCGCUGACGGUGUGGUGAUCUCAAAGCCAGGAAGCCCGGCGGACAAGCGCAAGAACACAGCUGUUUACAGGCGUGACGAGGAGGCGGCCAAACUUGAAGACAAACGCGCAGCACGUGCGGUUCAAGUAGCGUACGAGAGACCGGAGACUUCCUCGAUGGGUGGACCAGGCGAGGACGCCCUGGAGAUUCAAUCCACCACCUCACUUCCAAAAGAUGGCCAAAUCCCGGGCGAUCAGACUCCCCCGAGUGGCAGUGUUCUUGAUGGCGACCUGAGUGGGGGCCUCAGACGCACUGGCAGUGUGCGCAGCAGACUUGCCCGGCGUCAUCGUGGUUCGUCUGGAGCUACAGCCUCAACAAUCGGAGCCAUUGGCGCCAAUGCCAUUGGAAUUGCAGCUCCCGGUGUCAAUUCGAGCGUCCCUCGAUUGACCGGGUUUGCAGUUGCGAGCAAAAAGCGCAACCGAGAUUUCCACCAGUUGUUCCGGAGUGUGCCCGAAGACGAUUAUCUCAUUGAGGAUUAUAGUUGUGCCCUGCAACGUGAGAUCAUUCUUGCUGGUCGCAUCUAUAUCUCAGAAGGACACAUCUGCUUCUCCAGUAACAUCCUAGGGUGGGUCACUACUCUUGUGAUCAGCUUUGAUGAAAUAGUUGCCAUCGAAAAGGAGAGCACUGCCAUGGUGUUCCCCAACGCCAUUGCCAUUCAAACCCUUCACGCUCGUCAUACGUUCCGAAGUCUGCUCAGUCGGGAGUCCACGUAUGAUCUGAUGGUGAAUAUCUGGAAGAUCAACCAUCCCACCAUCAAGAGCUCUGUUAAUGGAACUCGCGUGACUGAUGGAACAGGCGAUAAGACGGAGAAGGUCGGCGAAGAGGAGAGCGAAUCCGAGAGCGAUGUCUCUGAUGAGGAUGAAAUAUACGAUGAAGACGAGGAGGGCGAUGCCGAGAGCUUCUUUGAGGCUGGCGGCAGUGCAAAUGCCAGUGCAACCUCCUUGCCGGUGCGAGCAGGACUAAGCCGCAAACCUUCCAGUCUGUCCGCUAAUGCAGCUGCACCCGCGGCGGGUACAAAUGCCAACGGCGAGAAGAAGAACGGUGACAAGGGUGCCUCCAAGGAUGCGCCUCCUGACUUCCCUGGCCCGACAACACAUGCCCCCACCGAAUACACCGACCCCGACGGACAGUAUGAGAAAGUCAUCAAAGAUGAGAUCAUCGCGGCCCCCUCGGCAAAGUCGUCUGGCGAUUUCAUGACCAAGUUCCUCGUCGACAACCAGAAAUCUGGCGAGCUACAAUUCGAGGGAACAGCGAAGGGUCUGACCAACGAAAGCCCAACGAGGAAGUACUCGUACAUCAAACCUCUGAAUGGCUCGAUUGGGCCGAAGCAGACCAAAUGUAUCAGUACCGAGAACCUGGACUUUUUGGAUCUCGAGAAGGCGGUCCUCGUCACGCUGAGCACCCAGACACCCGAUGUACCCAGCGGAAACGUAUUUGCUACCAAGACCAAAUAUCUUUUCACAUGGGCUGCCAACAACCAGACCCGCUUCCUCAUGACCUGCACUAUCGAAUGGUCGGGCAAGAGUGCUAUCGACGGACAAACAUCCUUCGGCAAUGAUCUUAUCAAAGCCUUGCAGGCUGGAGUUGUUUCCAAGGGACGAACCAAUGGCGCUGGACGAGGCAAAGGCAAGCGCAAGAAGGGUGACGGGUCGGGACGAGAAUCGACCGCUGCUGCUUCUGUGAAGGCUACGGUCGAUUCCAAUGUUGGAAAGGCAGAGUCAUGGGGUCUUUUCGAACCAGUCCGCCCUCUCCUUGAGCCCUUCGCCAGCAUUCUCAGUCCACUAUGGAGUAGCAAUGUCGCCAUUCUUGUCAUCGGCGUCUUAUUCUACCUGGCCUUCUUCCGCUCGUCAGCUACAUCAAUACACGCGCAUGACGUUGGCUGUACAGGCCACGGCUUGCCCCAGAGGCUGGCUGCAUACGAGGAAAUGUGGCGACGUGAGGAGACCGAGCUCUGGAAUUGGCUGGAAGACCGAGUCGGGAUGGACGGGAUGGUCUUCCCGAAUGUUUACCGAUCCUCCGAGCCGCACGCAAGUCGCAGGUCCCCCGGAGUUAGUACUUCAGAUGAGCGCGAGUUCGCCGCCCAACUUCGGGAUGAGAAGGUCUCUAACAGUGAGAUGGACCAUGCAAUCCGUACCACCCGCCAACGUCUCGACGUCCUCGAAGAGAUGAUGGGCAAGCGCGCAGCGCAGUUAAAGGUCGACGAAUCAGCCAAGUCUGAACUGUGA